AUGGGGUGUGUUGUGACUUUUGAAAUAAAUUCUUUAAAUGUUAUAAAAGUUAUUGAAAAAUCACCAGACAUUAGAAUUAUAGAUGAUGAAGUAAAUGAAGAUCCAGGUAUUUUAGUUGUGCAGGGAUUGAUUUCAAGAAUUUUAGGUCCACAAUUCAUUCCUUAUUUCAAUUUGGUGUUGAUCAAUACAACUACUGGUCAACAGUAUUUCGAGGUUUCUAGUGAUACAUCAGGUAGAACUACAACUAUUACAAUCAAGGCAGAUACACCAGUUAAUCUUGCAAGUGGAAUCAAUUUCUAUUUGAAAUAUUAUGGACAAUGUUCAUUCACUUGGACUGGUGAUCAAUGUAAUUUAACUGCUUCAAACUUACCGGUUGUCAAUAAUCCCGUCAGUAUCGAUAUGCUUUCGCAAUACAGAUAUUAUAUGAAUGUUUGUACAUUUGGAUAUAGUACUGUUUGGUGGGAUUGGCCUCGUUGGGAAAGAGAAAUCGAUUGGAUGGCUCUAAACGGAUAUAAUCUUCCACUUGCUUUUGUUGGACAAGAAUAUGUUUGGUAUCAAGUUUUUGCCAAUCUUGGACUCUCUGAAUCAGAGAUUCAAGCUUGGUUCACUGGACCUGCAUUCCUCCCAUGGAAUAGAAUGGGAAAUGUCAAUGAAUGGGCUGGAAAUUUGACACUCGGUUGGAUGGCCGAUCAAAGAGAUCUCCAAAUUCAAAUCCUAACCAGAAUGAGACAAUUUGGAAUGCAAGCUGUUCUUCCUGGUUUUGCUGGUCAUGUUCCUGAGGCGCUAGAAACACACUACCCGAAAGCCAAUAUCACUCAACUCGGUGGCUGGGGAACAUUCAGUGGUACCUACUAUUUGAAUCCAGACGAUCCUCUCUUCUCAAAGAUUGCCCAAGCUUUCGUUAUCACUCAGAAUCAAUUGUAUGGAACCGAUCAUUUCUAUAAUUUCGAUCCAUUCAAUGAGUUGGAACCACCAUCAUCCGAUUUAACCUACCUAAAGAACUGUUCUCAAUCAAUGUUUAAUAAUUUGAUUGCUGCCGAUCCACAAGGUAUUUGGGUGUUACAAGGUUGGUUCUUAGUGGAUGAUCCCGAGUUUUGGUUACCACCACAAACCGAAGCAUUCCUAUCGGGUGUUCCUAUUGGUAAGAUGAUAGUUCUCGAUCUCUGGUCCGAUGUCAUUCCAGCAUGGAAUUCCACUAAUUACUACUAUGGUCACAAUUGGAUUUGGUGUAUGCUUCACAAUUUCGGUGGUCGUUCAGGUAUGUAUGGAAAGAUUCCAUUCAUCUCAACAAAUCCAAUCGAAGCAAGAUCAUUGUCUCCAAAUAUGGUUGGAACAGGAUUAACACCGGAAGCAAUCGAACAGAAUGUCAUUGUCUACGAUUUGAUGAGUGAAAUGGCAUGGAGAUCGACACCACCAGAUCUCAAAGAAUGGGUUGAUCAAUAUGUCACCAGAAGAUAUGGCAAGCAUGGUCUGCCUUUCCUCUCGAUUAACGACACCUCGAUUACCAAUACCUCGACAUUCUCAUUCGAUCUCACAGAGAUUACAACUCAGGCACUCAUUAACUUGUUUAUGACAAACGAACUCCAGCUGAAUUCUGCAUUCCUAAAUAAUAGUUUGGAGGAAUUCAACAAGUAUUCAGAGGCAUUGUUGAGUAUCAUCCAAGAUGUAUAUACCAUUGCUUCGACACAGGAGAUGCUGCUCGUUGGUCAUUGGACGGCGAGAGCAAGAGCACUGACACCAGCCAAUGAAUCAACAAACCUCUAUGAAAUGAAUGCACGUAAUCAAAUAACUCUUUGGGGACCAACCUACUCCGAUGUACAUGAUUAUGCCUACAAACUAUGGGGUGGUCUUACAGAAGACUUUUACCUGGCAAGAUGGACACUCUUUGUAAAAGAACUCCAAUACUCACUCACUUCCAGCCAACCAUUCAACUCUACUCUAUUCCAAACCAACUGUGAAGCUGUCGAGGAAGUUUGGAAUUUACAAACCUACCCAUAUCCAACCAUCCCAACCGGUAACUCUUAUGAAAUCUCAAAGUCAUUAAGAGAAAAUCAAUACAAUAAUUAA